AUGCUUAAAGAAGACUAUGGUUACCCAGAUACUAUUGACUUUAGUGACAGAUAUAAAGAAGCUAUUAGAAAGUUCAAGGAUGGAAAUACUGACCCGAACCUAUUUAGCUUUAUGGCUCUGCACCAAAGGGGAUAUAAUUUCAAACCUGGAAAAUACAAGCUCGCUAAGGGAUAUGAUUUAAUAGCAUAUCAUCCAAAUGACAUGAACGAAUUUACUCCGAGAUAUUUGAUGUCAGAGCUAAAUGACAAUUUAACUCUCUUCAUGAAACGCGUAAAAAAUAGAGACGGAACGAAAGAAGAAAGGUUUAUGAGUCCGGAUGACUUAGAAAGGGAACUUGUUGAAAACGGUCUCGGAAUAUAUGAAAUGCCAGCAGAUGAGGUACAAGAAACUCCACAGGAAGAACUAGUUCAGAUACAACCAGACAUGGAAGAAAUAGUUCAGCAACAACAGCUAGAAGAGCCUGAAGGAAACGAACAAGUCACUCCUUUGGAAACUAACUUCACAGAACUAGAUGAAGAUUUGGAACAGCCGAAAA